CCUUGAUGUUCAUAUUAUUAACUAUAAGUACGGGCAACUUAUAUAAUUAUGAAUCUAUGCAUCUGAUAAAAAGAAACGAUUUCAUCCGAAAAGUUUUGCUUAGACAGCACGAUAGAUUCGGCAAUUUGUCGUCCUAUUAAGUCAAGGAAGAAUUGCUGCCAAGAUAAUUUCUUAUUAUUUCACUGUAUACCAGCCAAGUAAAUAAAUUUUGUAUGCAAGAACAUUUAAAUAUUCUAGUAUACAUUAAUAAAUAAAUUAUAAGAUUGUGACAUAAUGGCUGAAACACAGCGAAUGACUGUUUAUGGUAGACAUCCUCCUUGUGCGAGUGGAACUCGUUUAGAAGAACGUCGUACCAGAAGAUUAGCCUUAAGGUUGGAAAGAAAUCGAAAAUCAGAUAAACCAGAUGAUUUUAUAUGUUAUGAAUCAAGUGAUGACGAAGCAGAGACUGUAAGUGAAGGAAAACAGUUUUUAAGAACUUCCUUUAAUUUUGUGGAUUAUGUACGUGCAAGAGAGACAAACACUAGAGAAGUGAGAAAAAUUAAUCAAGAGUAUGGAUUUCGACACAUAUUGACUCAUGAUUUAUUUAAAGAAUAUUCGGUUAGCUUAAAUAAUAUGAAUAAAGUCUUUUGUUCUCAAUGGUUAAGUGAUAGGCAAGUAGUAUUUGGUACAAAAUGCAACAAAUUGAUGGUUUAUGACGUAGCCACUCAGAAAUUAGACCAAAUACCAUCUCUACAUGGAAGGCAAAUUAAUUCAGGAGGUGGUGCUGUUCCCGAGCAGCAAUGCGGUAUACAUUCUGUUCAAAUCAAUCCUUCUAGAACUCUCCUAUCAACUGGGGCAAGAAAUAGUAAUGAAAUAGCUAUAUAUAGGCUACCAACAUUAGAUCCAGUUUGUGUAGGAGAAGGUGGUCAUAGAGAUUGGAUUUUUGACAUGUGUUGGCUAGAUGAUGAAUUUUUAGUUUCUGGUUCUAGAGAUACCAAAAUGGCUUUAUGGCGUAUAGAUAAUGAUCUUGCUGAAGCUCCUGACAAAGCGGAUGUGCCAACACACAGGUUGAUUCAACCUGUAUGUGUUAAAGAAUGUAGAUCUGCGCAAAAAGUACGUGCGCUUGUCUUUAAUAGAACUUACAAAGAAAUUGCUGCUAUCACUCUGAAUAAUUUCAUACACAUCUGGUCUGCUGAGACUUUUAGACAAAAAAUAUCUAGAAAAUUACCGGUUUGUCAAGAAAAUGUUUGCCUUGCUGUACAAGAUGAUGGUGUUUAUGCCGUAGGAUGCCGUUCUUAUACUUUACUUUUAGAUGCAAGAACUGUGCAACCUAUAAAAAGAAUACCUUCACGGUAUAGCGGUUGUGGAAUCCGAUCAGUUAGUUUUCAAGGUUCUGUUUUAACAAUUGGAACAGGCUUAGGAAUGAUGUUCUUUUAUGAUGUGAGAGCUCAAAAGUAUCUCGAGUCUUCAAUUAAUUCUAACAGAAUUGUUGUAUUAAAAGCAUCAAAGGGAUACGUGUUUCCUGAUGAAGAGUACAUAGAUGGAUUUCAAAAUGUGAAAUAUACACCUGCUAUAUAUACUCAUUGCUAUGAUGGAUCAGGAACUCGAUUAUUCACAGCUGGUGGACCUCUUCCCGUAAAUCUAUAUGGUAACUACGCAGGAUUAUGGCAAUAAAGUUAAUUUUAAUUAAUUAAAGAACUGCAUUGACUUUUACGUAAGUAAUAAGUUGUACAUUUAACUAAACAUUAUUAAAAUUUUACCUCAGGAGGUAUAUACACCCAACCUAGACUUAAGAAACCUUUUCUGGUCAUUAUCAUCUUUUAUUUUUAUGUUUGUAUAAUUUUACUCCUUUUCGAUUUUAUUAUCUAAUGAACUAAACAAAAAAUUUUAUUUAUGUAUUAAAAUUUUAAGAUACCAAUAUACGCUUUUCAAAAAUUUUGAUACUUUAUGAACAAAUGAGAAAGUAGGAAAAGAUAAUAAGAACAUUUUAUAAUUAAAGGUGUAUAUAUCUCGACUGCCUGAAGAAAUAAGUGAUAAAAAUAAAGAUAUCCAAUUUUUUAUCAUUUCAAUCAUAUAGUUAAUCCUGAAAGUGAAUUUGAUUGAAUUGUCUCUUAUUAAUCAACUAUAUCAGCAUGUUUGUAUGCAAUGUGGAAA